CUUGCACGAUAUUUCAAGGCGCUCAAAAUGCAGAUAUUUGCUGAAACCUGCACUGGUAAGACUUAUCACCCUUAGGUAGAGGCAAGUGAUCCUAUCGUAAAUGUGGAAGGCCAAGAUGCCAGACUCCAGGACAAAGAGGGCAUCCCCCCGGAUCAGCAGAGGUUGAUCUUUGCUGGCAAGCAGCUGGAAGAUGGUCGCACUCUGAGUGACUACAACAUCCAGAAGGAGUCUACCCUUCACCUGGUCCUGCGUCUGCGUGGUGGCAUGCAGAUCUUUGUGAAAACCCUCACCGGUAAAACCAUCACCCUUGAGGUAGAGGCAAGCGAUUCAAUCGAAAAUGUGAAGGCCAAGAUCCAAGACAAAGAGGGCAUCCCCCCAGAUCAGCAGAGGUUGAUCUUUGCUGGCAAGCAGCUGGAAGAUGGUCGCACUCUGAGUGACUACAACAUCCAGAAGGAGUCUACCCUUCACCUUGUCCUGCGUCUGCGUGGUGGCAUGCAGAUCUUUGUGAAAACCCUCACCGGUAAAACCAUCACCCUUGAGGUCGAGGCAAGUGAUUCGAUUGAAAAUGUGAAGGCCAAGAUCCAAGACAAAGAGGGCAUCCCCCCGGAUCAGCAGAGGUUGAUCUUUGCUGGCAAGCAGCUGGAAGAUGGUCGCACUCUGAGUGACUACAACAUCCAGAAGGAGUCUACCCUUCACCUGGUCCUGCGUCUGCGUGGUGGAAACUAAAAUUAAUUGCAGUGAUUAUCUCGCUCUUUUUCUCAUAUUGCUAAAGUUUUUCACAUUUAAAUGAAGUUUCGUUUUGCUGUUGUGAAUAACGAUUCAGUUGAAAUGAGAUUCAGAUCUUUAAAUGAAACGUACCUCAUCUAGGAACAGGUUUGCUAUUGAACUGGCGUCAUAUUAGUCCGACACAGUAGAUAUUAUUUUUCAUUUAGAAACGUGUAAGAUUUUGUUCUCACUUUUAGAACUGAGUAAAGCUUGCAUGGAGUGUGCAUCUAGCAAAAUUGUGAUUCACAGUACUCGAUAAUAAAUGUUUUAAGCUACA